AUGCCCCGUCCUGGGAAGAACUCUUACAGCGACCAGAAGCCUCCAUACUCCUACAUAUCACUGACAGCGAUGGCUAUCCAGAACUCAGCCGAAAAGAUGCUGCCUCUGAGUGACAUUUACAAGUUCAUCAUGGAUCGGUUUCCAUACUACCGAGAGAAUACCCAGAGGUGGCAGAAUUCCCUGCGCCACAACCUCUCGUUUAACGACUGCUUCAUCAAGAUCCCACGGAGGCCCGAUCAGCCAGGGAAGGGCAGCUUCUGGGCUCUGCAUCCGGACUGCGGUGACAUGUUCGAAAACGGCAGCUUCCUGAGGAGACGGAAGCGCUUCAAGGUUCUGCGUGCCGAGCAUAUGAGCUGCAAGAGUUCACCGAUGAUGCAUUACUUCCACCAUCACCACCACCACCACCACCCGGGCGGCAAGCUGAGCACAGCAACAAGCCACCACGACCACUCCGCGGCCCCGGCAAGCGUGGGUCGGCUCCCUCACUUCCAGGGUUACGGGGGCAUUGCUUGCGCGCAGCCCGGCGGCUUUAAACACCCGUUCGCCAUUGAGAACAUUAUAGGACGGGACUACAAGGGUGUGGUGGCCAGCGGGCUCCCUCUCACCUCGGUCAUGCACCACCUGGGUUACCCGGUGCCCCCGCAGCUCAGCAGCGUGGUCAACUCCAUGUGGCCGCACGUCGGUAUGCUGUCAGAGUCCAUGGGUGGCGUGCCGGUGCCAGCAUCAUCCGAAUACGCGCCGUUCAGUGUGUCAGCAAAAGGCCUGUACCACAACGCCAACGGGCAGACCCUGCCCGCCGUUCCCGUGCCAAUAAAACCCACCCCGUCCCUGGGUCCUGUGCCGGGUCUGACGGGGCUGCAGUCUGGCCCGGCUCAGCUCUGCUCACCGCCCUCAGUGAUGGAGAAAAGCGAUCUGCUGGAGGGGAAAGGCAACCCUCUACACCCGGCUCUGCUGCUGUCUUAA